AGCUGCUUAGCGCAUGCGCAAAGAAAAAGACCUUCCAGUUGAAAGUAAAUUAAGGGAAAAGUUAUGAACUUUAUUGACGUAAACCAUCCUAAUACAGCUCAAGAAAUUUAUAAAAUAAUAUUAAAAAAUAACUAUUCAAAUGUCUGUGAAAGAUUGGAAUUUUCAGGUCGAUCAGUUCUUAAUUUACUAUUAGCAAAAGAGAUUAUUACCUUGGGUCAAAAAGAGGAGAUUGAGAAUAAACCUAGUAGAUUAGGAAAAGCUAAUGAAUUGCUAAGCUUUCUCAUGCGGAAUAGUAACCAUUUUCCUGCAUUUGUAGAAUGCCUUCGGACAGAUAAACAAGGUACUCUUGCACAGGAACUGGUUGAUAGUUUUCCAAAGGCUAGAACAGAAUAUGCUGCCAGUCAAGCUCAAAUUCAAAAUGAUCUACAUCAGCUUGGACUUUAAUUUUCCAUCGAAAUUCUGGAAGGGGAUUUUCUACAUAUCUUUUCAGAAAAAAGAAAUAUAUAUGGUAACAGUAGAGAAGAGAGUCCUCCAAAAACCAGCAAACCUGAGACAAGAAUUAAAGGAAUAGCACAAUGGAUGUCAACCAGCAGUCCAAAUGAAAGAUUGGCUGCAAUUGUUGCCAGUCUCCCAACGCCGCUAAAAAAUCCUGUUGCAGUUGAUCU